UCUCGGAUGCUCCAAAGGCGGGCUGGGUGGGGGCCUCCCCUCCCCCAACUACCACCAUCACUAGCGGCCACCUCCUGCACUCACACUCCAACGGCUCUGGAGACCCGGUUUCCCUUUCUCAGGCACGGCUCAGCCGCCCGCCGUAGCCUGGGAGUGGCCUGAGCGUGGGUCGGGGGAGUCCUGCAGGGACAUCUUUACACUGUUCCCAUCCGGGAGCAGGGCAACAUCUACAAGCCCAACAACAAGGCCAUGGCAGACGAAGUGAUCGAGAAGCAAGUGUAUGACGCGCAUACCAAAGAGAUCGACCUGGUCAACCGCGACCCUAAGCAUCUAAACGACGACGUGGUCAAGAUUGACUUUGAAGAUGUGAUUGCAGAACCAGAAGGGACACACAGUUUUGACGGCAUCUGGAAAGCCAGCUUUACCACCUUCACUGUGACGAAAUACUGGUUUUACCGCUUGCUCUCCACCCUCUUUGGCAUCCCAAUGGCACUCAUCUGGGGCAUUUACUUUGCCAUUCUCUCUUUCCUGCACAUCUGGGCAGUUGUACCGUGCAUUAAGAGCUUCCUAAUUGAGAUUCAGUGCAUCAGCCGUGUCUAUUCCAUCUACGUCCACACCUUCUGUGACCCACUCUUUGAAGCCAUUGGCAAAAUAUUCAGCAAUAUCCGCAUCAACAUGCAGAAAGAGAUAUAAAUGACAUUUCCAGGAUAGGAGUAUUCCUUUUAAUUUUCUUGGUGCCAAUUCCGAGUUUCAAGUUGCUAGUACAGCAACAGUUC